UACUUAACCAUUGGUUUCCACCAGGUAUGAGGCUCCAGCUGUGAGAGGGAGACAAGCGGGAAGAAAACUCUUCGUAAAUGCGCUUAGAACCAAUUUGGCUGUCAGUUUGGAUGUGGCAGUGGGGUCGAGCCAGAUCCUUUCCGGAGGGUAGAAGAGUUUGCCUUUAAGAUCCUCUGGAGUCAUUUUCUGGUACAGACUGUGAAAAGAAUGCAUUGAAAAUUCUGGCCAAUAGUGGAAAUAUUGGCAUAACCCCCAACUUAGUAUAGCAGUCUUUCUCUUCAGUAGCACCUCAUAAUAGAAGAAAAAUGUAUGGAAGUGCAAGAACAAUCACCAAUUUGGAAGGCAGUCCUUCCAGAUCUCCUCGUUUGCCAAGGUCUCCUCGUUUGGGCCACAGAAGAACAAGCAGUGGGGGAGGUGGAGGAACAGGCAAGACACUGUCCAUGGAGAAUAUCCAGUCCCUUAAUGCAGCCUAUGCUACAUCUGGACCUAUGUAUCUGAGUGAUCAUGAGGGGGUGGCUUCGACAACUUACCCAAAGGGCACCAUGACUCUGGGAAGGGCCACAAAUCGAGCUGUAUAUGGAGGCCGAGUCACAGCCAUGGGGAGUAGUCCCAAUAUUGCUUCUGCUGGACUUUCCCACACAGAUGUUCUUUCAUACACAGAUCAACAUGGUGGUCUGACUAGCUCAUCCCAUCAUCACCACCACCAGGUCCCUUCCAUGUUGAGGCAGGUAAGGGAUAGCACAAUGUUAGACCUUCAAGCCCAGCUCAAGGAACUUCAGAGAGAGAAUGACCUCCUCCGGAAAGAACUAGACAUCAAGGACAGCAAGUUAGGAUCUUCCAUGAACAGUAUCAAGACCUUCUGGAGUCCUGAGCUCAAAAAGGAGAGAGUCUUGAGGAAAGAAGAGGCAGCCCGAAUGUCUGUCCUCAAGGAGCAGAUGAGGGUUUCCCAUGAAGAAAAUCAGCACCUGCAGUUGACAAUCCAAGCCCUUCAGGAUGAGCUUCGGACCCAGAGAGACCUCAAUCACCUCCUGCAGCAAGAGAGUGGCAACCGUGGAGCUGAGCACUUCACCAUUGAGCUGACUGAGGAGAACUUCCGGCGGCUCCAAGCUGAGCAUGACAGACAAGCUAAGGAGCUGUUCCUUUUAAGGAAGACCUUGGAAGAAAUGGAGCUGAGAAUUGAAACACAGAAACAGACCCUCAACGCCCGAGACGAGUCGAUUAAAAAGCUUCUUGAGAUGUUGCAAAGUAAAGGUUUGCCUUCUAAAAGUCUCGAGGAUGACAAUGAACGGACACGGCGGAUGGCAGAGGCUGAGUCUCAAGUCAGCCACUUAGAAGUGAUUUUAGACCAGAAAGAGAAGGAAAACAUACAUCUUAGAGAGGAAUUGCACCGAAGGAGCCAACUUCAGCCGGAGCCAGCAAAGACGAAGGCUCUCCAGACUGUCAUUGAAAUGAAGAUUGAUCAACUGAAGCAGGAGCUUUCAAAGAAGGAGUCAGAACUUCUUGCCUUACAAACAAAGCUUGAAACCCUUAGCAAUCAAAAUUCAGAUUGCAAGCAACACAUUGAAGUGCUUAAAGAGUCGCUUACUGCCAAAGAACAGAGGGCUGCCAUCCUUCAGACCGAGGUGGAUGCACUGAGGUUACGAUUGGAGGAGAAAGAAUCUUUUCUCAAUAAAAAAACAAAACAGCUGCAGGACCUAACGGAAGAGAAGGGGACACUGGCUGGAGAGAUUCGAGACAUGAAGGAUAUGUUAGAAGUGAAGGAAAGAAAAAUUAAUGUUCUUCAGAAGAAGAUUGAAAACUUGCAAGAACAGCUUAGAGAUAAAGACAAACAACUAACCAACCUGAAAGACAGAGUAAAGUCCUUGCAGACGGAUUCCAGUAAUACGGAUACUGCACUAGCAACACUAGAAGAGGCUUUGUCAGAAAAGGAGAGAAUAAUUGAGCGUUUGAAAGAACAGCGGGAAAGAGAUGAUCGGGAAAGACUAGAAGAGAUAGAAUCUUUCCGAAAAGAGAACAAAGAUCUGAAAGAGAAGGUCAAUGCUUUACAAGCUGAACUGACUGAAAAAGAGUCUAGUUUAAUUGACCUCAAGGAACAUGCAUCUUCAUUAGCCUCAGCAGGACUGAAAAGGGACUCCAAAUUAAAAUCUCUAGAAAUAGCCAUUGAACAAAAGAAAGAAGAAUGUAGCAAAUUGGAAGCACAGUUAAAAAAGCAAGCUGAGCAGUUGUUCAAUCAGAUGUACAAUCCAGCUCAUAAUGUUGAAGAUGACUCCAGGAUGAACCCCGAGUUUGCAGACCGAAUAAAACAACUUGAUAAAGAGGCAUCUUACUACCGUGAUGAGUGUGGCAAGGCCCAAGCGGAAGUUGACCGGUUGCUGGAGAUCCUCAAGGAGGUGGAGAAUGAAAAGAAUGACAAGGACAAGAAGAUUGCAGAACUUGAGAGCUUGACUCUCAGGCAUAUGAAGGAUCAAAAUAAGAAGGUGGCCAACCUCAAGCACAAUCAACAGUUGGAAAAGAAGAAAAAUGCCCAAUUACUGGAAGAAGUCCGCAGGCGAGAAGAUAGCAUGGCUGACAACUCACAGCAUUUGCAGAUAGAGGAACUGAUGAAUGCAUUGGAGAAGACCCGACAGGAACUGGAUGCCACCAAGGCACGCCUGGCCUCCACGCAGCAGUCUCUGGCUGAAAAAGAAGCGCAUUUAGCCAACCUCCGGAUAGAAAGGAGAAAACAGCUGGAGGAGAUCCUGGAGAUGAAACAGGAAGCGCUGCUUGCGGCAAUCAGUGAAAAAGAUGCAAAUAUUGCCUUGCUGGAAUUGUCUGCUUCCAAAAAGAAAAAGACUCAGGAAGAAGUUAUGGCCCUCAAGCGGGAAAAAGAUCGACUCGUGCAUCAGUUAAAGCAGCAGACCCAGAACAGAAUGAAGCUGAUGGCGGAUAACUACGACGAGGACCACCACCAUUACCACCACCACCACCACCACCACCACCACCGAUCUCCUGGGAGGUCGCAACAUUCCAAUCACAGGCCCUCUCCCGACCAGAUAUGA